CUCUCUUCUUCUUCUUUUUUUUUUUUCCAUUCCAUUUCUAGAUCCAAACCUCUCCCAAGAACCCCACUGAUUCCUUCUCAGAUCCUUCAAUUUUCAUUUCUCCCCAUUUCUCCAAUCCAAAUUCUUCCUUUCAUGUCAUAUAAACAAUUUUUUCAAGCUUUAAUGGGAGCCUAAAUAGUACUUUUUUUAUGCUUGUGGGGUUGAUCAAGUUGGAGAGGAAACACUUGAAGAAUCUGUUCAGCUGGAUCUGAUAGAGCUUUCUCGCAGUUUCAGAGCAGAACCAAUCAUGAAUCCCUUUUCGUCCGGUACACGUCUUAGGGACAUGAUUCGGGCUAUCCGUGCUAGCAAAACUGCGGCCGAGGAGCGUGCUGUAGUAAGAAAAGAGUGUGCUGCUAUCAGAGCUGCAAUCAGUGAAAAUGAUCAAGACUACAGACAUCGUAAUCUUGCAAAACUAAUGUUCAUUCACAUGCUGGGUUAUCCUACACACUUUGGUCAAAUGGAAUGCUUGAAGCUGAUUGCUUCUCCAGGAUUUCCAGAGAAAAGAAUAGGAUAUCUUGGUCUAAUGUUGCUUCUUGAUGAAAGACAAGAAGUUCUAAUGUUGGUUACCAAUUCUAUAAAGCAAGAUCUUAACCACACCAAUCAAUAUAUUGUUGGACUUGCUCUUUGUGCGUUAGGGAAUAUUGGUUCUGCAGAAAUGGCUCGGGACCUUGCACCAGAAGUUGAAAGGUUGCUAAAGUUUAGAGAUCCUAAUAUCCGAAAGAAGGCAGCGCUUUGCUCUAUAAGAAUUAUAAAGAAGGUCCCCGAUCUUGCCGAAAAUUUUAUAAACCCUGCAGCUGCCUUGUUAAGUGAGAAGCACCAUGGAGUUCUCAUUACUGGUGUCCAGCUUUGUAUAGAUCUAUGUAAAAUUAGUACAGAGGCUCUUGAACAUUUCAGAAAGAAAUGCACGGAUGGUUUAGUCAAACUUAUGAGGGAUCUCGCGAACAGUCCAUAUGCGCCUGAGUAUGACAUUUCUGGCAUUACAGAUCCUUUCCUCCAAAUAAGAUUGCUUAGGCUCUUGCGUGCUUUGGGGAAAGAUGAUGCCGAUGCCAGUGAUGCUAUGAAUGAUAUUCUCGCUCAGGUGGCAACAAAAACUGAAUCAAACAAAAAUGCAGGCAAUGCUAUUCUUUAUGAAUGUGUUGCAGCUAUCAUGAGUGUCGAAGAUAAUGGCGGUUUGAGGGUGCUUGCUAUUAACAUUUUGGGAAGAUUUUUAUCCAACCCUGAUAACAAUAUCAGAUAUGUUGCACUGAACAUGUUAAUGAAAGCUUUAGCUGUAGAUAGUCAAGCAGUGCAGAGGCAUCGGACAACAAUUUUGGAAUGUGUGAAGGAUUCCGAUCCAUCAAUUCGUAAAAGAGCUGUUGAACUUGUGUAUCUCUUAGUAAACGAAAGCAAUGUGAAGCCUAUGACGAAGGAGUUAAUAGAAUAUCUAGAAGCAAGUGAUCCGGAGUUUAGGGGAGAUCUCACUGCGAAGAUCUGUUCCAUUGUGGAAAAGUUCUCACCUGAGAAAAUUUGGUACAUUGAUCAGAUCCUCAAGGUUCUCUCAGAGGCUGGAAAUGAUGUGAAGGAUGAGGUGUGGCAUUCUCUGAUUGUGGUGAUUACAAAUGCUUCCAACCUCCAUGGUUAUGCAGUACGUUCUCUAUACAGAGCAGUGCAAGCAGCAGGGGAACAGGAAACUCUGGUUCGAGUUGCGAUUUGGUGCAUUGGAGAAUACGGUGACAUGUUAGUAAACAAUGCUGGAAGGCUUGAUAUUGAAGAACCACUGACUGUAACAGAAUCUGAUGCUGUGGAUGUUGUGGAGACUUCCUUUAAGAGCCAUUCAUUUGAUCUCACUACUCGGGCAAUGUGUUUGAUUGCUUUGCUAAAGCUGUCAAGUCGCUUUCCAUCUUGUUCACAGAGGAUAAAUGACAUCAUUGUUCAGUACAAAGGGAGCUUUGUGCUUGAACUGCAGCAGAGAGCUAUUGAAUUUAACACAAUAAUUGUGAGGCAUCAGAAUAUCAGGUCUUCACUUGUAGAAAGAAUGCCAGUUCUUGAUGAAGCAACCCACAGCGGAAGGAAGGCUGGUUCUGUGCCAGCAGCUGUGUCAACAUCUCAAGGAGUAUCAGUUAAUCUUCCAAAUGGAAUUGCCAAGCCCAGUGCAGCCCCUCUUGUUGACUUACUUGAUCUUAGUUCAGAUGAUGUUCCUGCACCUAGCUCUUCUGGUGGAGACUUUCUUCAGGAUCUUCUUGGUGUUGAUCUGGUGCCAGUGUCUUCACAAUCAGGUACAAAUCCGGCCCAAAUGAGUGGCACCAAUGUUUUACUGGAUCUUCUGUCAAUUGGAACACCACCUGCUAGUAGCAGCCCAUCUACAACUCAGAUGUCACCCUCCAAUGUUGACGCUAAAAGUCCGGGGGAUCUAUUAGAUAGAUUGUCCUCACCUUCUGCUCCUUCAGUUCAAGUGUCUACUACAGCUGGAAGUUCUCCUAUGUUGGAUUUACUGAAUGGGUUCCCUUCCAGCUCACCAAUUGCUGUUACAGAAGGCAAUGGUCCCGCAUAUCCAUCAAUAGUUGCAUUUGAGAGCAGCUCGUUAAAAUUAACAUUCAACUUUUCAAAGCAGCCUGAAAACCCACAGACAACACUUAUUGAAGCUAGUUUUACAAACAAGUCAGGAGAAGUUCUCACAAACUUUAUUUUCCAAGCUGCAGUUCCAAAGUUUCUUCAAUUGCACUUGGAUCCAGCAAGUGGUAAUAUGCUACCUGCAAAUAGUAAUGGAUCAAUCACACAAAAGUUGAAACUCAUAAACAGCCAACAUGGCAAGAAAUCCCUUGUCAUGCGCAUACGGAUAGCUUAUAAGGUGAAUAAUAAGGAUGUAUUGGAGGAAGGCCAAGUCAACAAUUUUCCUCGUGAUUUGUGAAGUCGAAUGAACCUAAAAGAGUUUGAUUUGUGAGAGCUUUUAUCUGUUAUUCACUGUGAGGAAGCUUCAACUCGUUGUUUGUACUUCCUAGUGCAAUCAAUUUGCUAAAUUGUUCUGGGAGAUGUAGCAUGUGCUGGUUGGUUUUCAAGUGGCUUUACUUGGGGAAUUGCUUGGAUGCCUCAACUUGCUUGCCUCUUUCUACCUUCAAAAAAGAUAGCCAGUGUACAUUAUGAUCUGAUACUACCUAAGUAUGCCAUUGUGGAAGUCAAAUUUUGGCUUUGAGGCACAUACAGGAGACCUUGCUGGACGCCUCGUUAAAAGUUUUGAUAUAUGUAAGUCUCAUUUGUUCUAGAUUUUGGAGUAAUCAAUUUCAAGAAAUGUAAUAUAGGUUGAGUUGGGACCCUGGUUAUAUUUUAGACAUUUCUUUUUCAAGUAAUAUAAAAUGUGCUGUUUUUAAUUUUAUCCACCAUCAAAGACCUAUUGUUCCACAUGUAUUUGGGAUACAUUUUGAUUUUGGUGUGUGCCUUCUCACUUUUUUAUA